AUGCCAUUUGCAUCGGAUGAGCACACAAUUGUUGGGUACACGGCGUACAAACCGAACCUAGCGAUUCUACAAGUCAGCAAGCAGGACAAAGAUGAGGCGCUACAAGCAGGCUGGCAAGACACGCGCUGGUUUCAGUUCUUCGGUGUUCAGCAGUCCCCAGACCCAGAUAUAGACACAACGCAGUCUCGAGGUUAUUUGCUGGCGACUAUGCCAGAUCUUGUUGAUCUUCAGAUCUGGUUUUGUAGCCCGGACGACGGAUGGAACGCCAGCCCUUGGGGUAGUCGCUUUAUUACCGGUCCUCACGUCUGCAGCUAG